GUCAAUAUCUCGUUUGACAUACAUGUAUUUACAUGUCAAUAAAUAAUAUCGAUAGUAGCGAUCCUUAUAUGUUGUUUAAAAUUCAGAAAAGGAAUGUAAAUAAAUAAUUAUUUAUCGAAAAUGCAUGAAAAUACCGACGAUACGACUGAACAGCCAAUUAAGAAAAAAGUUCCAGUUAAAUUAGUGUUGAAAUUAGUUCUGAUCGUCUUCCUAGCGUUAGGUCUUGGCUACAUACACUACCGGUAUGUCUCUCACCUGUUCGAGAAUGACCGCAACUUCUCCUACCUUUCUGAGAUGGAGAGGGAGAUGUCCUUCCGCACAGAGAUGGGCUUCUACUACUCAUAUUACAAAACUGUCGUGGAGGAACGUCCGUUCGUGGCGGCUAUGUCAAAAUUGAUGUAUGAUAGACUUGUGGAGUAUCCGAAAGAUGUAAACGCAUUUAAUAGAUUUAACAUACACCCUGAGGUGUUGAUAGGUAGCAUGUACCGGUACUUAGAGCCCCUACUGAACACCAGCGCCCACCGGCAGUGUCACUUGGUGGAGCGAGGGCAGGGUCUAGCAGCGGUCGAGAGCUGCGUGGGGUUAGGACAACCUAUUAUGUUCUAUUUGGAAGCAGUUUGGUGGCUCGCAGGCCUUACUGUUGCUGGAUUGUUUCUGCAUGCUACAGCACUUAGUGAGAGCAUCCUCGGCGGUGGUAUAGCGGUGGCCCAUUAUUUCGCCAACCAUGCGGAGUGCACCCGAGUGCAAUGGGCGCCCAAUGAGCGAGAGAACAUGGCAGCGCCACUGCUCUUACUGCAGGCGUGGUUGGUGAGCCUACAGUUGCGGGACAAAGAUAGAAGGACCACAUUCCAACUGCAGGUUUCAAUCUUCAUUCUCAACGGCCUGUGCCUCCUCUUCUGGCAGUUCACACAGUUCAUAUUCCUCACGCAGACAGCCAUAUUCUUCGUCAUGGAGCAACUGAAGAUCAUAGACCUCAAGUCCCUAUGUGUCUUCCUGCAUUCACACUUCUGUGGAUUACAUAUGGCCGUGUUGCUACUGCAAGGGAACGACAUGCUAAAAUCGUCCCUAUUCGCAUCAUUCUUCGUGGUUGUAUCUGUCUACUGUUUGUUCUUCAGCUCGCUGCGCAUUAAGGUUCAUAAUCGCUUGGACUUAUUUGUAGAAGCGUGGUUGGUUGUACUCCGUUUGGCUAUAGUGGUGUGCGCUUCGUUCUACUUGAAGAAGGUCAUAAGCGACUUCCUAGAAGUACAGGAGGACUCGCAUAUUUGGGAUAUUUUGUAUUCGAAAUUCACAAAUUAUAAAAGCUUUCACACGUUAAUAUAUACAUGUUCGGAUGUAUUCGAUUUUCUACCUUGGAGCUCUAUUAAAAAAAUGCUACAUUCCUUCUUGAUACCGUUUGUUCUAAUAAAUAUAUUGAAUGUCUGCAAUUACUGGCUGUUUAACGCAAUAAAUGCAUCACGAAAGAGAGAGAUAGAAGAUAUUCGCGUGGAAACAGAAAAGGACAACGAAGAAGACACUGAUGAUAGCGGCAUAGAGAAUAAUGCAGAGACAAUUAAAAAUAAAAACGACACAGAUAAGAAAUGUGAUGUGAGCACAGAGAAUGAGGAGAGCGUAGACGGUGUUGUGUUUUUUUUGAAAAAUCUAAAAAUUGACGCGGCGGUUUUUUAUAAUAUGUCACAAAUGGCUGUUUACGGGGUGAUGGCGGCGCUGGUGAUGAGACUGAAGAUGUUGUUCACCACGCAGCUGUGUGUGAUCUCUUCAUUAUUGAUGAACAGAAAAUAUUAUCAAUUACCAAAGAGAUACAUGAAAUAUAUACCGUUGCUGUGGGUGGUGGUGACAUUACCACUCGUGCAAGAUCUCAUAGGCAACGUGUCCCAUGAAAUGUCGCACGUUGGUGAAUUCAGCGAUAUACCCCAAGAGGAGUUGUUGGAGUGGAUCAAGAGGGAGACUGCCAGCGGUGCAUCGUUCGCGGGUACGAUGCCCCUGUUAGCCACAGUGAUGCUCGCCUGCAGGAGGCCUAUAGUCGCACACCCACACUAUGAACAUUACGACGCUAGGGAACGAGCGUAUGCUGUAUACAAGACUUACGGGCGGUUCUCUUCACAAGAGCUGUACAGUGAACUGAGCAAGCUGCGAGCAACGUACCUUAUUAUCGAAUACAAGUACUGCUACGGAAGAAGCAGCAAAGGGUGUUCAUUCUAUGAGAUAUGGGACAUCGAGGCCCCGGAGUACCGCGGUCGGCCGCGUCUCUGUCACAUACUGCUCACGGAGACUGUGGAGCAUUUCUUCCCGAUGUUCCGCAACGAUCACUACGCAGUCUUCAGGAUUCACGACGUCAGUGUUCGGUAUAUGCCUCGUAGCUUCGACACUUGACAGUUGUUGAGCGAGCGAUGAUGCCCACGCCGCUUAAUCUAUUACUAAUCAAAAAUAUCAUACACAUCGGUACAGCUCGUUUAUUCAACAUUACUACAAUGCUAAAUAUGAAUAUCUCGAAUUGUUAACUGUACUUAUUUAAUUAGUAUUAUAUGAAAGGAUGUAUUUUUAAUUAGAUCUAGGGCUUCCGUAAAUUACGUCUCGUCACGGACAGGAGAGGGUGUGACAAUGUGUGACAUUGUGUCACAAGGUGCUGGGAUGUAUGAGUUACAAGGUUGGUGUAAAAAAAUGUAACAUACUAUCUAGACGACUGUACAAAUAAAUAAAUAAAAUUUAAGUGUUUGUAGUUUCAAAUUAACAACUUUUCAGUAAAUGAAAAGGAAAGUAUGUAUGUAUAUGGUACUUACAUGAAACAAUUAAUUUUAAUAAUUUUAAUUAUUUUAAUAAAUGAGGGGGGAAGGUGUAAAUUACGUUAAAAUGUAAGUAGUUGGGGGACAGUGUAAAUUGCAUUAAAAUGUAACUAGAUGGGGGAAAGUGUAAAUUGCAUUAAAAUGUGACUAGUUGGGGGACAGUGUAAAUUACAUUAAAAUGUGACUAGUUGGGGGACAGUGUAAAUUACAUUAAAAUGUGACUAGUUGGGGGACAGUGUAAAUUGCAUUAAAAUGUGACUAGUUGGGGGACAGUGUAAAUUACAUUAAAAUGUGACUAGUUGGGGGACAGUGUAAAUUGCAUUAAAAUGUGACUAGUUGGGGGACAGUAUAAAUUGCAUUAAAAUGUAACUAGAUGGGGGAAAGUGUAAAUUGCAUUAAAAUGUGACUAGUUGGGGGACAGUGUAAAUUACAUUAAAAUGUGACUAGUUGGGGGACAGUGUAAAUUACAUUAAAAUGUGACUAGUUGGGGGACAGUGUAAAUUGCAUUAAAAUGUGACUAGUUGGGGGACAGUGUAAAUUACAUUGAAAUGUAA